AUGGAUCCGCCUCACAUAACCGAGUUCGCUUCCGAGCGCUACUUCAGUAAACUUAGCCAACUCAGCGAGUCUCCCACGACCCAUGAUGCUCAGCAUAACCAUCAACUACGCGAUCCUCCACUACUUCCUCCGCAACCUUUUUCUACGCCACCGCUUCCCUCCCACACGGCGCCGCCUUCUUCCUUCAUUCUCCCACUUCGUACAUCGAAAGCGAAUGAAUCCGAAGUCGAUUUCCCUCGCUCGUCAGACCAGAAACGCCCCGAGAAAAGCCGUUUGUUUAGUCUUCGAUCCAAGGUUUCGAUUCUUCACGCCAAGUCUUCUACAUCACAAACCGACCCGCACGAACCUACUGCAGGGUUUCUCAGGCCCAAGACACAAUCUUUCGGCCAGUUAUUCCUUGCCCUACCCACCGAACUUCAGAUUCAGGUCAUCUCCUCCCUACCACUUACCGAUGUGCUCAACCUUCGCCGAGUCUCGAAAUCUUGGCAUGCCAUUGUCACGUUGAACGAAGCCCCUAUUGUUCGGCACCAUCUAGAGCGACAUAUCCCGGCAUAUGCCCUGCGUUUAUAUCCAUCGAACGACCCUAGCAGCGCUAACUUUCAUCACCUAUGCGGUCUGUGGCACCGCCUACAUGUUGCGGCUAAACUCUCAUUUCUCAUGUGUGAGUGGAUCACAAAAGAGAUUUUCCUGAGGACGACAGAAGUGCAACGUCUCGAAUUCGCGCCGCAGCGGGAACGCAUGCGCCGGCGCCUCAUUCCGCUAUUAUUUACCGUGUUUCAUUUCUUCGAAACCUACCGAAAGCUACAUCUACAGCAUAUCCUCGACCACAACGGCCACGGCUUGCUACAAGUGCCCUAUACACUAAAUCCUAUCGAGGUUGAAAUCAUGAACAUGUACGACGAUCAGACGCUUCUGCGCGUUCACCAAGUCUUUCCGCUCAUCAUCUCUUCUUUCUGCCGAAGAUUGCGUCCACCAUCAUAUGCCGGUCGUGUCGAACGAUCUCUUAGGGGUUACUUGAAAGAAAGGCCUUCAGACGAAGUCCAUGUUGCCAUUCUAUGCGUUGGUGGUUUGCGACAAGUGGAAAGGCUUUGGGAGAUCAAAGGAUACAACAGCAGGAGGGGAGCGGUUGAUACCUGGUACAAUUCGAUUGCAAAAGAUUCGACCGAACCAACCGUCAAACAACGACGGAGUAUCAUUGGUCUGAGCCGUAAAAAGUCGACAGUGUCUGUUAAGGACUCGUCCAAAUCGACCCAACAAGAAGGGUUUCCAGCACGUCGCGGUUCAAGGACAUCUCUUGAAGAUCCCGUCGAUCCCUACGAUACGAACUUGGUCUUCAACACUAGCCUGGCGGCCGGUAUGCCUAUGGGGCCAUUGGGGCGCGAGCAUGUCCGUCACAUACUUGCGGACUUGCCUAGUCUGCAGGAAAUCUGGCUGAAGACAGCCGAGGCUAUGAUCUUAGAGAGAGGUAUUGUGGAGCGUACUCAAGACAUUAAGCGCAAUGCACAAGUCAUGUUGGAGCUGAUCCGCGAUGACGGGAUGGAUGAGGAGGACGAGUGGUGGUAUGGGCGUAGUACCCCUGAGUCCAUUCGCCCUCCGCUCGAGGCGAUAGACGAGGACCCUAUGGACAGCGGCACAUGA